AACUCCUUUAACAAUCUUUCAAAUAAAAUGGUCCGUCUUACUAUUGUUGCUCUCUGUGCUGCUGCUGUCUUGGGUCUCGCUCAAGCCAAACGUUAUGAACAAAGCGGUACUGCCUCUUUAGAAAUCUUGAAGGAACACAAAGAUUACGGCUGCAAGCAUGAAAAUCCCAAUGACGACAAGAUGCAAGCUCUUCUCCCCAAGCAUUACAAAAAGAACAAGAACUGCGGUGAGACUCUUCACGUCAAGGACAAGAAGAAAGGCCACAAAAUCGAAGCCAAGAUUGUUGGUUUCUGCGAUGACUGUGAUAAGCAUGAUAUCAAACUUAGCGGGGAGGCGUACAGAAAGCUCGGUUAUGCCCACCACGGAUCCCCUGAAGUCAAAUGGCACUUCACUAACUAAGCUUAAUCUUUAUAAUUCUCAUUUGUAAAUUAGUUUCAGUUAUACAUAUGCAUUUAAAUGUGUUUGCUUCCUAUCUUCAUUCAAGUCUCUUUAAUAAAAGCAAU